AUGGCCCGUGGAGGUCGAAAAUGUAAGCGCACUGCCAAUGGAUUGAGAGAUGAACCAAUUGAGCAACCUCCCUCAUGUCAUGAAACAAGGCAGCAGCCUCCACUUGGAACAAGCCAUGAAAAUGUAAUUGAACAAGUUCAAGGAGAAGCUGCUCGGGCACCUCAAUCUCCAAUCCAGAAUUCUACAUUGGGAAUAAUGCAUGAAUCAGGUGACCAAGUUACUCAACAAGCUGAUGGAGGUUCACAGUCGCAUGAGCAGUGCCAGAACUCUCCAAUUCAACAAUCUCCACUUGGAACAAGGCACGUACCAACUGAAAAAAAUCCAAAUCAGGAUUCUCAAGGUCAACAUUCCAAUGACACCACCUUCAUGUCAUGCAACUCGGACGAUGCAGGAAAAGAAACUACAAAUGAUUCAAGUGAAGUACAUCAGAAAACCCGAGGCCCUACAUUUAUGAAAGAAAUUUGGGGUCGGCCUAAGGACCUUCCACGGAUUGAGAUUAAACUCGAUGACAAUGGGAUCCCAAUAAGUGAGAAAACCUCUUUCUCUAAAUUCUUGGGCAGUUUGGCUAGGAAUGGUAUGUAUUGUCCAAUAGAUGUUGAAAGUUGGCUUAAGAUGCCAAGGAAACUUAAAAUGGACAUGUUAGAAGUGAUAAAGGAAAGGUUUGCUUUGCCUAUGGGACUAGAAGCUUGGACCUUAAGAUCUAUUGGCAAAAAAUGGAGAAGCUGGAAGGCAGAUUUAAAGGCUACAUAUUUUGAUCCUGCCGUGCCAAAUGCUGAAGCUCGGUUUCAAAAGGACAUAAGGGUACGGGAAGAGCAAUGGAUCAAACUUUGGGCUUAUUGGAAAAGUAAAGAAGCAAAGGCCAAACAGUUGGGAAGACCUCCUACUAGAGUAGAAAUGUUCAAUAAGUUUUAUACCCAUGCCGAUGGAACUCCAUCAAGUACCAUAGUUGCUGAGAAUUUGGAAAAAAUGAAUGAGCUGAAAAAUCAGCUUCCAUCGGAGUCGCAAGAUCCAGUUGGUCGUAAUGACAUAUUUGCCCAGUCAACAUUGGUCCAUUUGGAGGAAAGGCUUCAGCGACAAGAUGAUGAAAUAGCCAGCUUGAAGAAAAUGGUUUUAGUUCAACAUGGAAGGGGCUCUCCAAUUGACAGCCCGAGACAUCCUUCAUCAUCAUCUAACAAUGUGUCAAGCCAAACUCCAUCGCGAGCCACGCGACCUAUUCGAGUAGGGAAUAUGGUUUCACUAAAAAGUUUGUUUGACCCAACAAAAAUCGUGGCAAAGGGAUAUUUACGGAGUCUGAAUCCAUUGGAUGAGGUCGGGGGACAAGCUCUUGGGCCAAACUGGUGUGAAAUACAGAUACAAGUUGCAAUGAGUCCACAUGAGCAAUUGAUUAGACCGUAUGAUUUGCAGCAAACAAUUCAAGAUGCACUUGGUGCACCAGUUGCUUGGCCUUGUCAUUUGGUGGAAACAGCUGAAGAAUGA